GCAAACACAUCGACUCGCACAUAACUUGUUCAUCGACAGCACUUUUCCACUGCACACCACACCACCCUAAGAAUUACAUGGCACGACGAAACAAUGGUCAAGUCUAACAAGUUCGAUUACACCGGACGCACAUCGUCUGGGCCGAAGCUGGGCAGGUCAAUUGCGUCAGACCUUGAGAAGAGAGCGGAAAAGAAGCAGCGUGAAGCCACCAAGUCCUCGUCGACGUCGGCUCACAGAGCGUAUUUCAAGUUGAAUCCUUCAUCGACGCGCACUCCCAAGAAGGAGCAUGGCCUACAAAACGCGCUGAAGACAUGUCAAGAUUUGGCUUUGGUUGAUCUCAACCUCUCCAACAACGAUCUCACCACCAGAUCUCUGGCUCGCUUGGCUCCUCUUAUUCUCGUAUCUUGCCACACCCUACAAACUCUUGACCUGUCACAAAACAAGUUUCGAGUGUCGACGCCCUCGGAGGCUGAGGAUUGGGAGCUUUUUCUCCAAUCUUUCCGCUGCUGUAUGACUCUGCGAAGACUCGACCUCAGUGACAACCCUUCUCUCGGCCCCCGAGCCUUUGAGAUUCUCGCACGCGUAUACUCGCAUGAACCCCCGGUAGAGCCUCUGCCUGCAGCCGGCAACCAAUCCUUCAUCACCUUGCCAGACAGCUGCUCCGCUCUGAGCAUCGGCAGCUUCGAUGGUGCUAUCCCGAGCCGUGCCGACGCUGAUCUUCCACGAUGUGCCAACGGCAAGACCAUGGCCGACAAAUGGGUGCUCAAACACCGUAGCGGCCUUCGAUCGCUUCCAUACUUAACCUUGUCCAACGUUGGCCUGAACGAUACAGGUGCACUCUUCCUAUCCUACAUCCUGGAACAACACUACUAUCCUAUUCAGCUGGUUACGGAAAACAAUGCCACCGAAGCCACAAGCACUAUCCGCACCUACCGCCAAGACGCCAAUACCAAAGGUGUCGACUGGGACAACAACUCCGACUUCCUGUCCAAGGAUGGUCUUCACCUGUUGCAGUGUGCAGAGAGGCUCAGGAUGAAGAUGCUCCUCGGGGAUACGGACAGCAUCACCAGCUCGUAUAUGUCGGCAAGUCUGCCGGAAGCACAUGAGACAUCUCCUAGAAGGAUCUCCACUGCUCAUCUUCGUCGCCCGAGCAUCCGAUCCUUCCAGUCCACCGACUACAGCAUCUACGACAAGUCCGACAUCAACAGUGCUCGUAAGAAGAUCCAACGCAACACCAUUGUACACACCGGUUGCGAAGGCGUUGAGCUCUGGCGUGCAUCUCUUACUGCAAUCAUUGCAUCUCGCAAAGUGUUUUUACUGGCCCCUGUAUUCAAGGCGUUCAACAUGAUCAAGUCUAUUCAGAACAUUAAUGACCAUGUUGCCGAGCACGAGACUGAAGCUGGCCUGGCGUGUGCUUCGCUUAGCACCGACGAUCACCUCAAUGACUCACUGGGUGCACUCUCGCUCUCUUCGAAUGCGGUCGAGUUCGACGAGGGUCAAGGUAAGCGCUCAUAUGCCGCCACGCUUAUGACUACCUCGCCCGUCGAUUCUUUACACCCCGAACAUGCCUUCCCAGACGCCACCAAUCACUCGUACUCCCAGUCCAGCACCGUUCUCCGAACUAGCGCAUCCUCUCGCGAGUCCGAGAGAUACAGUUCUGACGGUACCCAAGCUCAUGAAAGAUGCGCCAAGGCUAAGGUCACCUCGGCGGACUUUGUGAGAUACCAAGAGCGUCUAAUGAAGAAGUUGAAAUCAUGCCAUCGAGGCGAGAGUGACGGCUACAGAGAUGUCAGUCUACACUGCCAUCUUCCUCUUACAGCCUGCCUCCACAUCCUCAGACUCAGCAUGAGCGCCCAACAACUCAGUCUUCUCGGUAGGGACAAGCAAAGAAAGGCAUUUGCUUGGGGGCAAAAGAGGGAGACGCUCAGCAGCGAGUACGAUUGGAGAAUGAAGGAUGAAAGUUCUCAGCUCCUCAUGCUCCUCACCAGCGCUGGAUGCAUCGAGUAUUAAAGGAUCAGAGAUUGGACGAGAACGUGGCCGCUGCUUG